AUGUCUGAUAUCAAAGAUGUUGUUAGCUCUAAACUCAAUUACCACAAUAGUUCCCAAAAUAGAGGAAUACUCAAAGAAGUAGUUGAAAUUAUAUUCGAAAAUGCUGCUAGAAAUCCAGAAUUCAUUCCACAAUGGAUUGCUAUUUGCAAAACGCAUACUUCAGAUGAUUUGAUUGCUGAGUUUGGUGAUACAUCAGAGUCCUAUUUGAGGAAAAUCAAACAACCCGAGAAAAGAAAUAUAAUGAGCAAUGCGGAUAGAAAUAUUAUGUGAGUAUUUCUUUUUAUAAUUUUGAAAUUCACCAAAAAAUUUCAGUCAACUCGUUGGUCAAUUAUUCAUCAAUAACCUAAUUUUAUGGAAAAUAUUGAAAAAAUAUAUUUUUGAACUUUUCGAAUCAAUUCAAGGUGAGUGUUUUGCACUACAACACUCCGCGAUUACACCUUCAACAAUUUUUUAGAUCCUACAAAAUGGAGUUUAGCAAAUGAAUCGAAUGUUCAAUUAGGAAUUGUUUUGAUAAGAAAUAUUGGAUGUGUUAUUGAUAUUAGUGAAAAUGGUCCGAUUCAUUUUUGGUUUGGAAUAUUGGAACAUGUUGAGCCAUUUCUUGGAAAUAAAACACGAGAAAUGAUCAAUGAUUUAUUGAAACUACGAAAAAAUGGAUGGAAUCGAGAGAAGGAAAUUGAUGAGAAAAAUGCAAGAAUCAUUGAAUUGGAACAGAAAAUUAGAGGGUAAAAUUUCAUUUUCACUGACAUGAAGGAAGGGAAAAUCUGAAAGUGUGUUAUCUAUACAGGUUUCAAAACGAUGGGUUGACAGAGCAACACAGAAAGAAGCAUGAGAAUAAUGCAAAUGAAAUAUUAUCUCGAAAAGUGGAAGAACUGGAAAAGAAAAUCGAAAGGUAUCGAAUUGAGAUUAUUUAUAUGAAAAUAAAGAAAUCUCGAUUUCAGAAUCAGUAAAACGAACCUGAAUCUUGAAAAUCAAGUAUCUGGUUUGCAAAAUGAAUUAGUGGCUCAACAAAAUGUGAAUUCUGAUAUUGAAAACCUUCGGCAAAUUAUUGAGAGGUGAGAAUUUCUUCAAUAAACUUAUUUCAACCGUUUCCUAUUUACAGUAAUCAAGCCGAAAUUGACCCAACAAACGGUUCAAUAAAUGUAACUAUUACUCGAUUCUCACACCCUGAAGUUAAUAGAAUUCAUCAGAAAUACAAAGGCAUACUGAAAAUCGACAGAAAAGAGUUUCUGAGUGUUAUUGAGUCGAGACUUGCAACUUUAUGCGAAAUGCAUCCGAGACGUCUUGAUAUUCUGCAAAUGAAAUUGGACAUCAUGAAAUUCGAAGAUGAAAAACUUGCUGAUUAUCUUAGAGAAGUUAAUGAGAAAUAUUGGAAAAUUGAGUGGAAUCACAAUAUUUCAAUCGAGGAAUUGGGCGAGGAGAUUGAAGAAUUUCCAAGUAUAGAUUUCAUGGAGAAAUAUAAUCGAUUAAUUGCGGAAAACAAUUUGACAAAUAAUCAUCUCUCAUUAUCAUAA